CUCUCUCCCAUACGUAUAUAUAAUAUAUGCUAAGAGGCUCAUAAUAAAUAAUAAUAAUUACUAUAAUUUUUCGAAACUAUUCUCCGCAAUAAUUUUAUCGCCACUAGGGUGGGUUCUCGUGCUAGGGUUUCCUUCGCGGAGCAAUCGAAUCCAAUCGCAUCGAAUCGAAGCUUCGAGAUCGAUCGAUCGAUCCAUGGAGGCCGAUUCGUGGAGCCGCCUCUCCGCCGCCGCCUCGAAGCGCCUCCUCCAAUCGCGAUACGAUUUGUACCUAGGGUUCGAAGAGGUGGACGGCGAGGACGACGAGUCGCGGGCGGAGUUCAACUGCCCCUUCUGCGCCGAGGAUUUCGAUUUCGUGGGGCUUUGUUGCCACAUCGACGACGAGCACCAUGUCGAGGCUAAAAAUGGGGUAUGUCCCAUUUGUGCAGAGAGGGUUGGAAUGGACUUGGUUGGGCACAUGACAAUGCAACAUGGAAGUUACUUCAAAUUGCAACGUAGACGUAGAUUUCGCAAAGCUUCUACAGGGUCCCAUUCUCUGCUUUCUUUGUUGCGGAAGGACUUGAGAGAUGGCAAUCUACAAGCUCUUCUUGGAGGAUCUUCCUGUACGGCUGCUCCUUCUGCAGUUGCACCCGAUCCAUUGCUGUCAUCUCUGGUUUACAAUUUGCCCAUAGGUGAAUCACCGAAAGGUUUACAAGCUGAGUCACUGGAUAAUGCCUUUUUGAUUAAUGACUGUUCAGAUGAAAAAGUUGUAGAGAGAAAAAGAACCGAGCCGUCCCUCUCCGACAAGGAUCAGGAAGAGAGAGCCCGAAGGAGUGAGCUCGUGCAGGAGCUCGUGCUUUCGUCAAUCUUCGACAACACUUUAUGAGGGAGUGCUUCGUGUGCAACAACAGCAGCAGAAGUGCUUCUCAGGAAGCAGAUGAUUGUUCGCAGAUCGUACCUACCAUUGCUUUCUUUUGUGGUUCUGUCGCCGCUUAUCGGACUCUUCAAAGAAGAAGAGCAGGGGGGAUUCAACCUAUGGCAUGUAUGUAUGUAUGUUGGCUACUACUCUAUUGCAGGGAAAAGAGGGAGAAGAGCGAGAGAAACUCAUGUAUUUAAUACUUGCACUGGACAUGUUAUAUUCGGUACUAUUUUUUGGAGGGGCACUUCGCAUAUUUGAAAGGGGAAAUAGCUCCACCGUUUUCUACUCUCCGUACAAGUUUAUGCACCCGAUUGUAUUUUGUGGGGGGGGCUUGUUGUAUUUGUCAUUUUAUUUAUAUCAUCAUUGAGCUUUAUUAUAAAGCAUUACACUUCGUUUAA